GGAAGCGAAGCCCACAACCAUAAAGAAACAGCACUGAUGACGGGGCAUGUAAUCUGGUUGAUUCAGAGUAGAAAGAUGCCCUCUUAUAGUGCUUGUAAACUGCUAUCGCCACAUGCACCGUACGGCCAACUAUGCCUGCGCUCAAAGCCUGUUGCAGACAUCAUUUCAGCCAUUGUUGAGACAGUAUCGGAAGAUCGAUAUGAAGUAUUCAAAGUUCUUGAUGACUUCAAAUUUUGGGAACUCAUCUUCCAGGCGAAAGGAGAAGCUGCCUCAGAAAUUCAGCAUGGAGAUAAUUUCCAAGCCGUAGUCCAAUUACUAAAUACGGUACAGCAGUCUUUUGUGGAAAUGUCUGUCUCGGUUACAUUUGUCCAGAAGCUGGUUCAGGCAAAUGGUUUGGACAUGUUACCAAAGUUGUGUCAAAUGGCAACUUCUGAUGGAGGAGGAGAAUCUACCAUGUGUGACCAGUCAUUCAAAGAUGCAUUGGAAGUGAUCAACAGACACAUAUGUGUCUUAAAGAAAUGCGAACAGUUUCUGGCAUUUUACGAGAGAUUUGCAAUGAAUAUCUGUCAAGACGACUUAGAAGCAACAAGGAAAGAAAUUCAUCUUCGCUGGCAAGAUAUCAAUUCCGAUAGCGACGUGCAAUUGAAGAAUCUCAUUGCUGAAGAUUACUGGGGUGUCUUGGAACCAGUUUGUCAAAUAUCUGAAGCAGUUUCUACUAUUGCACCCUCAAAAGUCUUCUUCAAUAUGUGCCUUUACAUGGUAGAGGGUGAAAGUUGUGACACUGAAGAGAGAGAACCAUUACAAGUCAACCCAUUUACUGAGCUGGUUUCAACAAAUUGCUUGCCAAAGUUCAGAAGUCUUUCUUUGGAUAUUGCCCAGGGGUGCGAGGUUGUAAUAGGUGAUAUCAAAGGUCCAUUUGAAGGGGUCUCUGAAAAAGAACUUUCUGGCGAGUUGGAUAUCAUGUCACGGUUCAUUGAUAAAACUAUCGAUGGCCAAUCGAAGGUGUUUCUAAAGAGUUGGGUGAAGCUGGAGCGCAUCAGACAGUAUGCCAAACAGUUGCAAUGUCUUUUCCGAACAUUCGAAGUACCAAGUAAAGCUAGUUGUACUCUUAUCGGGGAUGUUGAGAAGCUGCUCAGUAUAUUUGAGCCUACGAAUGCUGAGACGCCAUUGCAACAGGUACACCUUGCAGUAACGAGAAUUGAAGAUGUAGAUCGCAAGUUUACAGACGAAGACUGGCGAGCGAUACACGAACUGAUCAAUUCUGAACAGUUAAUUCAGUUCCUGAGGCCAAUCAUAGAUGACGAUCUCCGAAAUCUUACCGAUGCUGUUGAAGAGAGGUCCGAUUCUUUCGUCAACGAGUCAACGGUGUCGGAUCUUAUUGAAGUUCAGCGUUACAUGGGAUCUUUUCUGCGGGUCGAGGUUCUGGACACACCAGAAAAGCUGAUAGAGGCCAUUGCAGAAAGUAGAGAACUUGGCAUAAAGAAAGUAUCAGACAAGAUCAAGACCUGCAACGAUCAUUUCCAUGCUCUGAAGAACUUGUACAACAAUAUUGCACAACGGGGAGAAAUGACAAAGAAGAUCAUCCGCAAUGCCAUUCAUGGUGGUUCUUAUACCUUUCUGUUGAAAGAGGGUGAAGAAGUUUGCAAUGUGUCUAUGAGCUACGAAAGAGAAGAUAAUUCUUCGGCAACAUUUGAGAAAGAUGAGCUGAAUGACUUGCGGAGUAGAGCUUUACUGAUGGUGAACUCAAGAAUGUCUUAUCAGCCCCACAGCCAGGGAGAAGGUAAAGAAGAAAGUAUGUCCAAACUGCUUGAAGAAUUCAUAUACUGUGUAGAUGAAGUGAUUGAGAUUGUUGACCUUUGUUCGGGACUGGCCAAUUCGGGUCAAUAUCUUUUCAAGAGCUUUCAAGAACGUGUCACCGGUUGGGAAGACCUCCUCCUCCUCAAGCAGGAUUUGAAGACAAAGUUCGACUGCUGGACUGAAAUUCUCGAGUUAGCAAGGGGUGAAUACUACUUCUUGAACUUCUACCAUUCGAAGCAACUAUGGAUGCUGGACCAGUUUUUCAGGGGUGAGAUUGAUGACAACGUCGAAAUUGUCAAUCUUUUUCACUAUGUUAGCCCAGGCAUAAGUGUGGGCAGUCAACUGAUCCAGCAUUAUGAAGAACCAGAAGACCUUGCUGACGUCAAGGCUCGUGUGUUUCAAACAGGCAGGGCUUUAGAUAAGAUCUUUUCCAACUCGUCAUCAGAACCGAGGGAUAUCAACUGCCUGAAAUCAAGCCAGAAAGCAUCAGUCGACAACACAGUCCAACCCGGUAAUGUGUAUGUCGCAGAGCUGGACACUAACAGCACAAACUCGGUUCCAGUCCUUAUGACUUUGCUGAAGAACACAACAGGGAAAUACCCUCAAGCAAACCAGGUUCUAUUUUGCCACCCAGAGACGGCUUGGGAUGAGGUUUACCUACUGUUGCAAAGAUGUCGCAAAGCAUCAAAAAGAAACUCCAGUGCCCUCUACGCUCUCAUCAAUGUCGAACAGCUAACAACUGAAUUCCAGUUUAUGUUGGUGGAUGAAGUAAAGGAACUCCAGCAGAAUGACAGAGCUUUUCUGUUGGCUAUCAUUUGCUGCGGAGGGUGUCAUCAUCACAUCAUUGACCAGUUCUCUCCUCAUUACACUCAUCAAAUUCAGGGAAUGACUACGAACGAGAUGAGAGACUGUCUAGAGCAGGGAUGUCCGAAUGUUGAAGUAAUCACAUCUGAAGUGCCUGGUCUUGGGAAGUCAGAGUACAUUGCUUGUAAGGCGGCAGAGAAGAGGGAAAAUGCCAUUUUAUUUGAGAUUGGAGGCCCUUUGACGAAGACCGAUCUGGUACGACAGCUACUCCAAAAGUCCCCCUCUGAAUACCAAGCGCUGCACAUAGACAUAAGAUCGACGUCUGAUGUGAACCUAGUGGAUUCGUUCAUAUUCGAACUCUUGGUUGUUGGCAUGGCUGUGGCAGGUACACAUUUGUGCGAGUUGCGAUACAGUAAAGUCUUCAUUGAGAUUGCAAAUGCUCAUGAGCAUCAUCUUCGUGACUCUCUGAUAAACUGCUGUAACUUUAAGAGGCACCACAUAGAGUGGGACAAUUACAGUAGUUUCUUGGUGAGUCAGGAGGCCAAUAGCCCAGUGCAGGUAGUGUGCCACUACUUGAAAGCUGUCAAAGAUGGUGCUGUUGACUCAAAGGAAAUACACUUUACUGGGCCCUUGAAAGAUAAACUCCUCUCCGAUGACCAUUGCAGGCAGCUACUAAGAGAUAACUUCUCGCCAACAUCAAAAAUGGCAUUUACCACCGUCAACAUGUUUCUUAACGUCCUUGCCACAGAACUGAAGAAGAUGUCAGCAUCUCACUAUUUCACUAUUGAAGCUCUACGGGACAUGUUAGGGACAGGUCCACAUUGUGUGCGGUCUGAUCUUUUCAAGGCCCUUGAAGCAGUGGCACGAGAGUUUUCGUCAAGAUCGGUUGAGUCCAGUGGAAAACAACCACUGACUGGUAGAGAUGCUGCUGAGGCUUUAAGCGAACUUCAAGAGGGUGCAUCUGUUACUGCAGAAAAGAUGGUAGAGCGGGUGAAAGGCAUGGUGCAGUGGGCAGACAGUAACCAUCUGAUGGUAGUCUUUAACCAACAAGACACACAGACCUGUUCAACCCUUUAUCGUUUGCUUAGCCAAGUUCCUGACAGCGUCAAGAAUCUAUUCGAAAACCAGCUCGACAGUAAACUUCCAGACUACCAGCUUAUGUCACAGGCUGAGCUACAAACAGUGCUAGAACGAAUAUCCAGAACCACCCGUGAUGAGUUUGAUAGAAGCAAGCUUGGCCACUUGAAUACUAUGUAUGCUCUGACACCUGACAACAUGAUGAAGAUGGUGUUAAUUCACAUGAGGGUUAAGUCACGAGUCCCAGUUGUCAUCAUGGGUGAAACGGGAUGUGGUAAGACCACUCUUAUCACCUAUCUAGCCCGGAUCUGUGAGGUUCCUUUCCAUGUCCAGAAUUUCCAUGCCGGCGUAAGUAAGGAUACAAUCAUCGACUUCAUCGCCAAGAUCCGAAACAUUGCUGAGGCCAACUUGAAUCAGCAGAUAUGGUGUUUUCUAGAUGAAAUAAACACAUGCGAUCACCUUGGGCUACUAAGUGAGAUUAUCUGCCAUCACACCUGUCUUGGUGAGCAACUGCCGUAUAACUUGGUGUUCCUUGCAGCCUGCAAUCCCUAUUCACUGCGGAAAGGGAAGUUAAGCACGUCUGGGCUAACUGAAAAGCUUGUCUUGGACGAGCAGUCGAAGUUAGUGUACAGAGUACAUCCACUUCCAGAGGCUUUGAUGGAUUAUGUCUGGGAUUAUGGGGCUCUGAAUGCAAAGGAUGAGGAAGCAUACACAAGACGGAUGGUCAAUGACAUCAGGGAGGAUCUGAUUCCUCUCUUUGUUGACCUGUUGAUAAUGUCACAAAAUUUCAUCAAGAGUAACAUGGAAAACAAGUACUGUGUUAGCCUUCGUGACAUAAGCCGCUGCAAAUACCUUGCGAAGUGGAUGACAGAGAUGCUGAAUGAGAAAGGUCUUGCAAAACUUCAUCUUCCAGGCCAUGUCUUUGACAAUGACUCCAACAUUCGAGCUGUUGUCCUUGCUUUGGCUCAUUGCUAUCACUCGCGUUUGUCGUCAGCAGAGGACAGAAAGAGAUACAGAGAAGAAGUGGCACAACGUUUUCAGAAGAAGCAUCACAACGUGACUGAAGGGCUCAUUGAGGAAGUCAUCAAGACUGAGCAACUUGAUAUUCUCAACAGAAUGGAGCUUGAGGAGGGGAUAGCCAAGAAUGAGGCACUGCGGGAGAACGUUUUUGUUGUCCUUAUAUCCAUCCUCAACAGGAUACCAGUAUUUUUGGUGGGGAAACCAGGUUGCAGCAAAUCCCUUUCGAUGCAGCUUAUCAGGAGUAAUCUCAGGGGACCAGACUCAAAAGAUAAGUACUUCAAGACAUUGCCAGCCGUCUAUGUCGUUUCCUAUCAGGGAUCUGAGUCAUCAACUUCGGAAGGGAUCAUCAAGGUCUUUGAAAAGGCAAGACGCUACAAGGAGGCCAAUCCGGACAUCAUACCAGUUGUCCUCCUAGAUGAAAUAGGCCUGGCGGAAACUUCCUCAUUCAAUCCACUCAAGGUUCUUCACAGUUUGUUGGAACCUAGCACGGGUGACUUCCCUGAGAUGGCUGUAGUUGGAAUAUCUAACUGGGCACUUGAUGCUGCAAAAAUGAAUCGGGCUGUUCACCUGUCCAGGCCAGAGCCAAACGAAGCGGAUUUGUUUGAGACAGCAAAGUCAAUCCGAGAUGAGAGUACACAACGAAGAGCUUCUGAGACUGAUGCACACAAACCGAGAGAUGACCAGCAGUUGAAAAAGCUAGCCAAGGCAUACUAUGACUACCAGCAUAAACAAACACAUGCCAACUUCCAUGGCUUGAGGGAUUAUUAUUCUCUCAUCAAAAGUAUGGCAAUGCCACCGAGCACACAAGAAGGGCUAAGUUCUUUAGAAAGUGGACUUCGUCGAAACUUUGGAGGAAUUCGAUCAGAUAUGCCAGACAUCAUGAACACAUUCAUGGAAGCAUUGGAUGUUGCUCAAAACCCUGAGAGGCAUCCGUCAGCUUUAGACCUGAUCAAAGAAAACCUAGAAGACAAACAUGCCCGACACCUCAUGCUGAUCACAAGUGGAGACUCUGCGCUGAGCAUCAUAGAGAAAGUAUUGUUUGAGUUAAACAAGAAGCCCAUAAUACUCCUCGGAAGUAGAUUUGAUGAUGACGUAUCAGAAGAAUACAACUACCGUAUCCUAAGUAGGAUCAUUCUGUGUAUGGAAGAAGGCUACGUUCUUGUGCUCCGUGACUUGGAGAAUGUGUACAGCAGCCUGUAUGAUAUGCUGAAUCAGAACUACACAGUUGUGGGCAAGAAGAGACACUGUCGUGUGGCUUUAGGGGCCUACAGCAACCCGAUGUGUCAGGUACAUCCAGACUUCCGUUGCAUAGUCAUCGUCGACCAGCAGAAGGUCGAUUACUCAGAUCCCCCCUUGUUGAACAGAUUUGAAAAGCAGACGCUCACGUUUAUGGAUAUUGUCAGCGAUGAGCAGAAGCGGGCAAUAGACACCUUGCGUAGGUGGGUUGAGGACAUAUCCACAGUAGAAGAAAUGCAGUUUACUCCAAGUGAAGCUUUCUUGGGUUAUCAUACUGAUACCCUUCCUUCUCUGGUUGCUUUUCGCUGCCAAGAGAUGAGUAGUCAGACUAUGGACUUCAGAGAAAUUGCAGACACCUGUAAGCAAGACCUGCUGAAGAUUGCGUCAACUGAUGCAGUUCUACGAGCGACAAAGUCACACUUGGCAAUUGAAGAACAAGAGGAAGUACUCUGCAUCCAAAAGAAGUACCUAGAUCUUCCACUUAACGGUGGACUAAAGCAUUUCCUUCAACAUGCUAUCUUUGAGCAAGCUCCCUCUGCAUCCUUAGUGGAUGGUGAAUUCCAGAUACGUCCAUGUAAGCUGAUAGUGUAUACUUACUGCACUAUUCAUGUUGACUUGGACCAAUGUAUUGAUGGUCUGUUAACAAUGCAAGCUGCAAAACUGAGUCAGUUCAAAUCAGAGAGACAGCUUACAGAAGCACUUCAACGAUUCGUCGAGAGCGAUGAUCAGCUUUUCAUUCUUCAGUGCAAAACAUCUCUAAACGCACAACAUAUGCUCUUGGCCAAAUGUCAAAUUGACAAAUGUUUGGAGGAGUAUACAAAAGCUGGAUCUCCGCAAGGACUGAAGCACGCUUGUUUUAUAGUCCACGUAGAAAGGGAUCAGAAUAUUGGCGGAAUGACCACGACCUUUCCGUGGCAGUUCAACUUCCUGUGUGGUUGGCAACAAGUCACAGUUGAUUCACUGGAACAACCAAAGCUGCAAGUUGACGAAGUUAUCAAGAUGUCCAUCUCCGACAUCUGUGCCAAGUCGGUUGACAUUGACUCGGUCAUUAAGGAUAAGCUUCUGUGGUGUUUCUCUUGCAUCUCAUACGACCAUCGGUCAAAAACUGUAGAUGAGAUCCUCCAAUUAAUUAGAGGGGUGACUGAGUGUCCCGAGUUGCUACAGUGCCUGUCAAUGAAAAUCUUAGAUGACAUCAAGGAAGAGGUUGUUGACGGAUUUUCCAUUGACAAAAUGAGCUGGCAGGUGGCUGUUGCAUGUGAGGUCGAACUACUGUUUGAGUGUGCCAGUUUCAUCCUUGCACUGAUUGAGCAUGUGAAACGUAGAAUUAGCCAGCCUCUCUUUAAGAUCGUGUUCUUUCUUGAGGCACACAAUGCAUGGAACAGUUACUUGAACCGAGAAGAGUGCCAGAUAGUCUGGGAAACCAUGCUCAUGAAUCCAGCAGUUUGUGACGUUCGGUCAACAUCCCUUCCAGAUCCAAAAGGGAUUGAAUCAUGCAAGAUCGAUACACCUCCACCUGCGCUAUGUUUUCCUUUUUUCCACAAGCUCUACACCAUCAUUGAGGAGCACAUGAAGUUUCUUCGGGCAGAUGCAGUGGCAAAGCUUGUUGCAGAACAGUCUUUUGUACAGUCCGAAGAGAUGGUUGUCCAGUUGACCAGCAUCUUAAAUGGCGGGCUUCCGGAGGCUAUCACAUACGACAUGGCACAGGUUAUUGAUAACGAGUUCUUGUUGCAGCACAUCCAGUCCUAUCUGAAUGACUUAUGUAAUGUCUUCUCAAGCAUGUAUGUGAGCCAGAUGUCACUUGACAUGCGCAUCAAUACCACAAAGUUGCUCGUACAGCAUCAAACGUUGGGACUUGGCGAGGUGUGCUCAGCAAAUGAAGAACUGUCUAAGUGGCAUAUUGCUCUCCUCAUGAAUUCUGAGCUUUUUGCUGCCCAACUUCAGCUUUUGAACAUUUACCAUCUGGCUACAGGCAACGAUUCCGUGCAACUGCUAUUGUCAGUUCUUGGUACCAACUGUAAGAAGAGUGCGGUAAGCAUCUUAAGUCUAGAAAACGGCUUGGAUCCUCAUGAAGAUGAGCAGAGUGAAACAUCGGAGGAGUUUGUGGCCGCCAGUGAUGAACUGCUAGAUGACCUAGAUUCUGACAAUGAAUCUUUUGAGUCGGCACUUGAAAGUUACUAUGGGGAAACAGAUGAUAUGGCAUCAUUUGGUGGAGAGACUGAAGAAAGUUCACUAAAAUUCCAACUGGUCUUAUCUGUAUGCCAGUCUUUGCUGCCAAGCACAGGUAUUCUUGAGAAAUUCAGCGGUCAGGAAUCAUGGGUGCGGUUUGUCAACAACAUUUUGUUAUCUGCUGCAAGUAUUGAGGUUCGGCCCAGGGAACUCCAUUACUUACACUUUUGCAAGGACUUUGUCAACUUGAUCGCCUUGCCAAGUCAUCUUCCAGAUCAUUUUCUAGCUAGACUUGGUGAGCUGAUUGUCACCACCGAAGAGGUCAACGUUUUGGACAGCGAAAACAUUCUCAGUUUCGUGGAGGAGACUAUCAAGUUCAUUCAGCAAGAGAGCAGCAGCCAGUCUGAUACAAAAGAACACCACCUAUUUCUUUCCAAGUAUUUUGGUCGUUGCAUCGAAGCAAAUGUUGAGACUCCUUUGUUGAAGGACAUCUGCAGAUCUCUGGUCACUGAUGAUGGAAGUCUCAUCGAAGGAUCACGACUGGUGAUGUGGCGUAUCAUAAGAAGUGAAAUUGAUGAUACAGACCAAGAUACAGUGUUCACAGAGCUCAUCAGUGACGAUGUGAAUCGAGACAAACAUUCGGACAAUCUUGUCAUUUUAGACGACAUGCUUCAAAACCAACAAGAUGGGCUGAACUCUCAUUUUGCAACCGUCUGCUGUGAUUUGAUUGGGGAAUGUGGCUUCUGCAACCUAACAAGUCGAGGUUUGAUGGAAGGUCAUUCUGGUUACAAGACCACUUCCAUCUUUGCAAGCCGAGUGUUGGCUACUUCCACUGCAUGUUCGCUGAAGUUUGUUUGUGCGUUGGCAUUUCUGAGUAAGCUGUUCCGUGUUUUUGCAGAGAUAUUCACCGACAACAGCCGUUCUGGGAACUUUCUUCGAAGCGAGACUGCGUGUUCCCUUAUUCAAGAACUCAAAGGUUUGGCUGAUUUCUUAGGCAGCUCUGAAACACCAGUCGAUGUCCAUAAGUGGAUCUUGAAGUGUAUGUUUCAUCAGGACAUCAGUCUGUUUAACCUGAGUCAGGCAGUGUCUGUUCUCUCAAAGUCGGGCGUGAUCUUCCAAAAGAUCCAUUACCAAAGUCUUCUUCGUCCGGUUAUUGGUUACAGCCCCAUGAAUUACAUGGAGAAGUACAGUGACGUGAGAGAUGCAUUGGCACAGCUUCAUCGUCAAGAUGAUAAAGCUGGAAUGAAGGCUGUCAUCAGUAAGCUGGAAACCUCCCCAAAACACCGCCUUGCACUCAUGGCAGUGCUUGUCGAUUUCUCCUACCUUGUCUCAACAACACGAAACCUCAGUGACUCUGAGAAGUGUCAGGCUCAGUGGAUCAUCAAGGAAAUUGAAGGUACAAACCUCCACAAAACAGCAUGGUAUUGCCUCAUGAGAGGUAUUUCAGGGGUUUCCGACUUCAAAGGUAUACUGCAGCUGUCAAAAAAAUCUGAAGUGCAGGAUGCGCAACUGGCCUCCGUGCUAAUGCACCUUGCCACUGUCAUACUAGGUUCUCUGCAGCCGGGUAAAGAACAGGGUAUCUUUCACCAGCUCUUUUCAUCACAAGCUGUGGCCAAGAAAGGGACCUUUUUCCCGGGAUCACAGAAACAGUCUUCAACUGAAGCUGCACGCACCAGAACAGUGGUCUGCCAUUGUGGACUGCAGUUUGUGCAGGAUCUACGGUAUGAACGGUACCAAAACUGCCCAACUUGUGGUAAUUUGAUAUUUGGUAAUACAACGCCUGAUGGGAAUGUAAGACAACACACCCAAAGGCCAAGUGGAUACAGCUAUCCUCCUGUACUUCAGUUGUGGAAUACCCUUCAGGGAAACAAAGACAUGUCCAUUGCAUCGCAAUUAGUCACUGACUUCAUGGUUCAUGGGUGUCUCUAUCUUGCAGCUGAGGUAUUCCCAGAUGAUUUCAAGAAGGUUUCCUUUUGUGAGGGUAACAUGUUGGAGGCCAGAUUGCUGGAGUUGUGGUCAGUCUUGCCAUUGGUACUAAGAGCAAAUAGCCAAGACACCGCCGUGCUACUUCACUGCAUCAUAACGGAGUCUUCUGAUGUUUUAGUUUCUCCACAAUACACGGGUGCCUCAGCUUCCGUCAUAAAUCACCAAGAGAUGGAAAUACACAAUGUUGUUGAGAAGGUACUACAAAAUUCAACACUUGCCAAACGUCAAUUUUUCGAAGAUUCGUUCAACAUGUUUGGUACACCAGCUGAAUCGAUUAAUCACCACAUGCAUGAGCUGGAUAACAUUGAUGAGAGUACAAGCAAGAUUUUACCCAGAUCAUCUCGUAAGAAACGCGAGCCAUCACUUGAAGACCUCCGAGCAUGCUUCUGUAAUCACAGCAGCAACAACUCAGAGCGCUUUCCCUUUCUCCAUCUUGUACUGUCACGAAACAAUGCUCUAAAGUAUGUUGCCUUCCUCCCUGCCUUGUUGAGAUGGAAUUUGCUGGUGAGCAGUCACAUGAACCUUCAACGAGCCACACACAAAUAUGGCAACAAACCCAUCAGGGUUUUGCUUGAUGCUCAGCCAAAUAUGUCCGAGCCUUGGUCAGAUUUUAAGGAGGCAUUCAACGAGGUCUGUGCCACGUGGACUGAGCUCACUGGUGAAACGACCCGUCCAGACGACAUCACACUUGACUCCCAGAUCAAGGAGUGUCUCAUUCCAAAAGUGACAGAGGAAAACACCUUGAAGCGAAUGAUCAGGACUCUUCAAGAAACGCAGAAUUCGUUUUUGAUGCAGGCACUCAGUAUUGCUGCAACCACGGACUGUCCAGCAAUCAGCUUCCUCGUCAAGGACAGCCAUCUUGUUGCUGCUCCAACCAAACCUCUGAACCUUGUGAGAAGGAAGGAUGUAAUUCUACCCCCGUCUGAUGGAUGUCUCUGUUAUCACGACAUCAACACAGAGUAUGGACAUGGUACGGAGAUAUAUUAUGACCUGAACCAGAUUGAGAUGGAGGUGGCAUUAAGCACUGUACUGAACAAAGUGAUCAUUACUGAUGGAAGCACCUUCGAAGGCUUCAUCUUUGCUGAUGACUUGUACAGUUCAUCAACUGGCAUUCUUGAUGAGGUGGCAUCCAAGGUCGGGCAAGAACCCUUGCCAAAGGACAUUGUCAAUCGGGUCAUUCAAGGGGAUAGAAAACGGUAUGGUACGUUUACAAAUGACUUGCUUCAAACGGUAGAGGUACUCAUGGGUCUUCUCAAGAGAACUAGUGGUGACCCAGAGGCUACAUUGGAAGAUUUCAUCAGCAAGUGGAGCUCAGUUUUCUCAAUUCAGUCUGCAGACCUGCUAGGAUCCAUCAAGCUAAAGCACAUAGUUGCCCUUUACCACCGUUUGGAGGUCCUUCUGUCAGCUGCUGUCAUUCAGACCCUUGGUAAAGAAUAUCGUACAAAGCUCCCUACAAAGUCUGAGCACGAACUAGACAAAUGCUGCUCUGACUAUCCUCCGGAUGUUGUCACUCAGUUCAGAGACAUCUUGAAGAGGUUCGUUUUUCGCUACCUCAGAGCAAGACGGGACUUUCACCCAAACCGCAGCGAACGACUUAGAGAUCUUUUGGGAGGAAUGGCUGGAUAUGACCGUGUGAUCCCUCUUAUUCACAAAGACACUCAACUUUGCCACAUCGUGAACCUCUUAGAAUAUUUGGACAAGACGAUCCAGCGUAAAGAGGAAAAAGCAGUGAAGGGAAAACGCAGAGGAGCGAAGAAAGCAGCACCGUCAGCUGGCUUAUACUGAUGCGGUCACAAGGAACUUGGCACAGGGUACAAAGCUACCAAGAGAUUAGGACCGAGUAUCUACCAAGUUGCCUUGGAGUAAUGACUAAGAUGCUACUGAAGACUGAAUAGUAUCCAGUUCAAUUUGUAGAAUAAUAAAUGAUAAUAGCUUACUUGGACUUGACUUGCACUUGGACUCUAGUAGACAAGAUGUUGUCAAAAUGCAACACUGUUAAUAUGCCAAAUAAUAUUGUCACUUGAAGUAAACAGUCAUGCAGAUGAUGGCUUGUUAAACAUUUUUACUAUAACAGGAGAACAUGUAAUGAUUUAGGCAAGUGCAGUUAACAUAGUUGCUAUGCAUGACAGUGACUGAUUAAUGUUAAAGUGUUAUUGACUUUCUAAAUUACAGCAAAUGACACCUGAAUUCAGGUUUUUCUUUUUUAAGAUACAUCAAUUGGGAGAUUUGGAAAGAGGCCAUGCGAUUUAUGGCUCUUAAAUCUCAAACUGGAAGUUUCAGUAUACUAAAUGUUUUAAGUAGUGUUAGAUGUGUUAAGCCCUUCCACAAUAAUUAUCGUUUACAUGCCUGUAGAUAAUGGCUGUAAAUACUGAGUAUUGUAGUUUGUGAUUGAAUAGGAGACCAUGCAGUUGGCGGCUCCUCCUUCUAGUUUGUGAUUAAAUCGGAGACCAUGCAGUUGAUGGCUCUUCCUUCAAGUUUCAAGUUAUAUACAUGUAUUUGUGUUUACUUCCAGCAGAUGCUAGCUAUAUACGUUCAUGCAUGUACAUACUUAUUAAUUAAUACAUCUUAUUAAUUCAGACUUUAAGAAAUCCUAUCUUGUGCCUAUAGGAGGCCAUGCAGUUGAUGACUCCUCUUUCUGUAUUGAAGUUGCAACUUUCUGUGUUUUGGAAAGAAGUGUAAACAUUUUGAACCAAUACACUGUCCUUUACAGGCAUGCUGACGAUGGCUGUAUACAUGCAUUACCUUUUUUUUUUUUUCAAUGAUGAUUAUAGCAGAUGAUACGGUUUAUUACUUAGGGCUAUGUGAUUGAAUUGGAGGCCAUGCAGUUGAUGGCUCCUUGUUGUUGAAGCUGCAAAUUGACAUAUUUUUGUAGGUAGUGCAAAUUUUUUUUGCCAUAAAGGUUUUUCAUAAUAGCCUAUCAGUCAUGCAGAUGAUGACUGUAUAUCAUUUAGUAGAGUGAACUCUUUUCAAGUCUUUAACUUUUAGUAUCCUGAAGAUGAUGAUUGCAUUUAAGUAUAUUUUCAACAAAUAAGUACUUUGUCAGUGACUGAAUUCGAGGCCAUGCAGUUGAUGGAUCCUUAUUCCGUAACAGAAUGAAACAAUUUACUAAACAUUUUUGUAAGCAUUGUUAGAUGUAUUCAGCCAUUCCAAAACUACAUAUAGAUAGUCAUGCAGAUGAUGGCUAUAUAUGUAGUGAGUACAGUGUUUUCUGGGAUUGCAACUUGCACAUUUAUUCUUUCGGGAUGUAAUAGUCAUAUUUUUUUUUAAAGGAGACCAUGCAGUUGAUGGCUCCUCUUUCUUGUGAAGUUGCAGUUUGACAUUUUUUUGUGCACCUGCAGUGCUGGAUUUUUGUUGCCAUAAAUGUUUUCCAUAAUAGCAUAUCAGUCAUGCAGAUGAUGGCUGUAUAUUAAGUGAGUACCGUGUUCUCUGUGAUUGCACUUCGCAGUUCUAUUUUGGGAUGUAAUAGUCAUAAACUUUGUAUCUUGAAUAGGAGACCAUGCACUUGAUGGCUCCUCAUUCUUGAAGUUGCAAUUUGCUAGAUUUUUGUAAGUAAUGAGUAGAUGUGUUUUAUCCCAUUUUUUCAUACUAGCCAGUCCAGUCAUGCAGAUGAUGGCUGUAUAUUACGCGAGUACAGUGUUUUCUGUGACUGCAAUUUGCAGUUCUAUUUUGGGAUGUAAUAGUCAUAAACUUUGUAUCUUGAAUAGGAGACCAUGCAGUUGAUGGCUCCUCAUUCUUGAAGUUGAAAUUUGCUAGAUUUUUGUAAGUAGUGAGUAGAUGUUUUUUAUCCCAAUUUUUUUUUCAUUCUAGCCAGUCCAGUCAUGCAGAUGAUGGCUGUAUAUUAUUUAGAAGAACAAACUCUUUUCCAAAGUUGUUAACUUUCGAUACCCGUGCAGAUGAUGGCCGCGAUUGAUGGAUCUUCAUUUUGUAACACAAAGUAGCAAAUUUACUAAAUAUUUCUGCAUUGGUGUAUGGUGUCAGCCAUUCAUCAAUAAUAAUAUACUCAACACUGUUAACGGAGCACAGUGUAUUCUGUGAUUGAAACAUAGUGUAAGUAGUUUGAGAUGCCUACCUAGUCAUGCAAGUAAUGGCUGUAUAUUGCUUAUAAGUCAUUCCUGGAUUCUUUAAAUCCAUUUAAUAACCGAAGCAAUCAUAAUUGGUUAUGUGAUUAAAAACGAGGCCAUGCAAAAAUUGCUGAUUGCCGCUUAUUCCGCGAUGAGGUAUAGAAAUUGACAAAUAAUUCUUUAAGAACCGUGUCUCUACUUCUGCCUACACAGUGAUGCAGAUGAUAGUUGUGUAGACUUACUGUGUAGGGUAACAUUUUUAUCAUUAAGUGUAUUGUAGUUAAGUCUUUGGUCUACUUACUCAUUGCCAUGCAGUUGAUGGCUGAGGGGUUUUUUUUUUGGGGGGGGGAGGAAGGGUCGGAUGUGCAGACCACAUUCAGCAGUAAUACAGUUUGAGAUAGCUGUAUUCAACUCUUAAUUCAUGAUUUCAUAAUUAUUAUUAUUCAGAUAAGCAUGAGGCCAUGCAGUUGAUGGCCCCAUGACGUUGAAACGUAUUAGCAGUGUUAGACGUGUGGCAUAACAUUUUAGUGUGAUGUAUAUUGUAAAAUCUGAUGUUUGUUGGAAGUAGCAAGCUUUUUUAUGACUUUGCAGCCAUGCAGAUGAUGGUUGCCAAUAUUGAAAAAUUAUCUCUUUAAUGUGAGACAGUGUCAGAAAAAGGGAUGUUCAUUACACCUAGGCUAAGCAGUCGCGGUCACUGUUGUUAUUUUGUUUAAAGCCAUGCAGAUGAUGGCUUCAUUCAUUUAUGGAUUCAUUGUGUGUUUAAAAGUCAUGCAGUUUGAUGGCUUUUAAAUUCUUCUUAAUGUUUACGUCAGCCAUGCAGUUGUUGGCUUUCAACUUUUUCUUGUUUUCACAAUUGGUUUGGUCAUGUUAAAGUAAUAGUAAGUUAGAUGUGGAAGAAAAGUUGUAAUCCGAAAUAUGCUCAGAAAGCAUUGUGGUGCACAAAUGGCUUAUGAUCAUGAAAUCUAAUGACAUUCAAGUAACGGUUUACAUAAGAAUCGAGAAAUGUUUUACGUGAAAUGCGUUAAUUAUGCCGUGGAGUAAAUGGCAAAUUUACUUAGUUUCCCCUUCCAAUUGUCAUGAACAUGAUAGCUAAAACAACAUGAACAAGAUGUUGUUUUUUUGUGUAUUUUUGUGGUUUCAUGUUCUUUCUUCUGUUUAUGACAUUAGAUGAAGGUUGACAUAUGUGGGCGACUUUACAAUAUAAACUGGGUCAUGAAAAAAAAAUAAUGUUGAAAGUAAAGUAAGUAUUCUGAUUUUUGUGUGAUUACAAGGCCAUGCAGUUGAUGGCUACUUUGUGAUGUUUUAUUUGACAGUCAUGCAGAUGAUGGCUGUACCUUUAUGUUGGGAUCGUAAAAAAAUAUUAGUUACAUAAUAUGUUGUAAUAAUGUUUAAGAGAGAAUUUAUAAGUAGCGGCAGUUUAUUCUGACACCUUUUUGUAUUUUUUCUCAAACAAUCAAGAGGCAAAAACAACUACAAUUAGCACAGAUUGAAUCGUUGGAUUGAAAGUUAUUAACCAAAAACCCGUGGCAAAACAUGUUUGAAAAAUACUACGUCAAGUAAAAAAAAAAUCAUAUUAUCUAUACACUGAAACAGCAAUUUAUGCAAAUGAAAAAAACACAAAAAUAAACAACUUUGUAAACAUGGAGGAUACUGACAGGAUCACAACAGGCGUACGCGUAGGCACGGAUUUGAACGCAUUGUUAAAACUUUGAUACAUGUACCAUUACUUCAAUUUCAAGAAAUUGAACGAUUAGUUUGGUUUCUUGUUCUUAUCUGGUGAUAAAACUGUGUAAACCACUUGGUGUCACUAAUAUAAUAAAAUUCUUAUUAAGCAUCUACUUUAA